CUCUCUCACAGUCAACUCUCACCACCAACUAUCUUAAUUCCAUUUUUUUAUUUUUUAUUUUCACAGACCUAAUUUGCUGCCCUUCGAUUCGAUUUAGGGUUUUUACCCCUUCUUCGUGUUCCUCGAUUUUGCGAUUUUUUUUCUUGAUCAUCGAAUUCCGCGGCUCUUCAAGCUUAUUCUUUGCAGUUGGACUUGCGUAAACCCAAUCUGCUGCUGCUGCUGACGCUGUGUUUGGAUUCUUUUGGGUGUUCCUUUAGAUCGUGGGCUUGAGCUCAAUCGUUGAUAUCUAAUCGGCCGGCCUCUUGAAGAUCGAUUCAUGCUCGUCAAACUUCGGGCGAAUAUAGAAGUGUUCACCUGAAGAAUGGCACUUCGGCUCCCAGCUUCUAAAGCAGCUGAAGUUGCGAUCGGAUCUAUUGGCCGUGGCUAUGAUUUAGCUGAUGAUAUACGGUUGAAAUACUGCAAAGGGGAUUCCAAAGAUUCGCGGUUAAUUGACAUUGAUGACGGUUAUGGGAAUUGCGAGUUUGUUUUGCCUGGUGGGAUCUCAAUUCCCAAUGUGUCCAAAUCAAUAAAAUGCGAUAAAGGAGAGCGUACGCGGUUUAGCUCUGAUGUUCUGUCUUUCCAACAGAUGGCAGAGCAUUUCAACCAGGAACUAUCUUUGACCGGUAAAAUCCCAUCAGGCCUCUUUAAUAUGAUGUUUGAAUUCUCAGGCUGUUGGCAGAAAGACGCAGCCUAUACUAAAAGCCUUGCUUUUGAUGGGAUUUUCAUCAAUUUGUACACGGUUGCUUUGGAUAAAUCUCAAAUGAUACUCCGUGAUCAUAUCAAGCAGGCUGUCCCAGCAUCGUGGGACCCUGCUGCACUGGCAAGGUUUAUAGAGACAUACGGAACACAUAUUAUUGUUGGGGUAAAGAUGGGUGGGAAGGAUGUGAUUUAUUUGAAACAGCAACAUUCUUCAAAGCUUCAACCUGCUGAUCUGCAGAAAAGGUUAAAAGAGGUGGCAGAUAAGAGGUUUCUGGAUGCCAGCGGAGAAUAUAGUAUGGCUUCAGAACGAAUGUAUUCAAGUAGUAAGGUAGAAAUAAGGGAGCAGCGGCUGAGAUUUGCAGAUACAAACUCGUUAGGAUCUUAUGCACAUAAGGAGGACUUUGUCUUCAUGAGCAAAAGGAGAGGUGGGAGUGAUAAUAGAAAUCUAUCACAUAACGAAUGGCUGCAAACCGUUCAGAUGGAGCCUGACUCAAUUUCAAUGUCGUUUAUCCCAAUUACGUCUUUGCUAAAUGGAGUUCCAGGAAGUGGAUUCUUGAGCCAUGCCAUAAAUUUGUAUCUAAGAUAUAAGCCACCAAUUGAAGAGCUGCAACAGUUUUUAGAGUUUCAGCUUCCGAGGCAGUGGGCGCCAGUAUUUAGUGAACUUCCUCUUGGACCGCAAAGGAAACAGCAAAAUUCUUCAUCGUUGCAGUUCAGUUUCAUGGGACCUAAGCUAUAUGUGAACACCACUCCUGUUGACGUUGGUAAGAGGCCAGUCACGGGUAUGCGGCUUUACCUAGAGGGUAGAAGAUGUAACCGAUUGGCGAUUCAUUUGCAACACCUGUCUUCUCUUCCCAAGAUAUUCCAACUUGAAGAUGAUCCGAAUAGAAAUUUCCGACAGGAAUCUCACGAUCGAAGAUACUACGAGAAAGUAUAUUGGAAGAACUACUCUCACGUCUGCACUGCACCCAUCGAAUCAGAGGAUGAUCUUUCUAUUGUGACGGGUGCUCAACUUCAGGUAGAGAGCCACGGUUUCAAGAACGUCUUGUUUUUGCGCCUCAGUUUCUCAACAGUUGUUGGGGCUACACGCGUUAAGAAUCCCGAAUGGGAUGAAGCCGUUGGGUUUACCCCGAAAUCAGGACUGAUCUCAACCCUUAUAAGCCACCAUUUCACCGCAGCUCAGAAGCCGCCCCCUCGGCCAGCAGACGUGAAUAUCAACUCUGCAGUCUACCCGGGCGGUCCACCGGUACCCGUGCAAGCCCCGAAGAUGCUCAAAUUCGUCGACACGACGGAGAUGAUGAGGGGACCACAAGAAUCACCCGGGUAUUGGGUUGUGUCUGGAGCGAGAUUACUCGUGGAGAAAGGAAGGAUCUCUUUGAAGGUAAAGUAUUCAUUGUUGACUGCUAUAUUGCCCGAGGAGGAAGUCAUAGAGGAACCAUAGGAGAGAAUGUAUUCUUUCAUCCGAAAUCCGGGGACACUGAAACAUGAAAAUGAUCGGAUUUACACGUAUGUGUCUGAAGAAUCGAUGUUUGUUAGGACGCAGGUUCAUGAAAGAAGUGAAGGAAAGAUUGUAAAACACUUGUGAUUUCGUGUGGUACAAAGUGAGGUCUGUUUUUGUUGUACACUUCCUUCUGGAGGAGAGGUUUUCUUUCUGUGUUCA